GUUGAUUUUCGGAAUUUCGUCAGCACUAUGAAUUGGUCUGCGAUUCAGUGCACACACCAUCUGCUAACUAAAAAUUCUUUAGAGACACAAACUAUCCGAAUAAGACGUCCAAUGAACGCUUUCAUGGUUUGGGCACGUAUGAUGCGAAAACAGAUAGCGACUGAAAAUCCGGGAAUGCACAACGCGGAUCUCAGCAAGAUUUUAGGUCUUGAAACACUUUCAAUUCACUAUAAUGUUAGUGAGCCUCAAGCAGGCAACGUUUUGGCUGUUGACUGCUUUGCAUCAGUAACGGUGAACGUGUUUGAAGGUAAACAGUGGAAGGGAAUGUCGCAUGUGCAAAAGCAACCGUACGUGCAAGAAGCGGAAUCGAUCCGAGUGAAACAUCUAAGCGCUCAUCCCAACUACAAGUACCGACCGAAACGCAAACCCUCCACUCGCCAGUAUCGUCAGCUCCCACUUAUCUUCGCUCCAUUUCUUUCUGACUUCACAAUUCAUUUUCGGCCGAAAUCAACUCUUGUCUUCGCCAGAUGGCAGCGUAAUAAACCGAAAUCAGUGAAUGUUUCGAACAGCUUCAUCAAUUCGUAUUUGCCUUGUCAAGAAUUUUGGUCGAUCGAUACCGAAGAACUGAGCAGAUAUUUGGAACCGUCAGCAAAUCUAACCACUGAUCAGCUGUAG